GCCACACAUUUUUGACUGACGAGGUAUUGGAGCACGAUCUCCAGAUAUAUUAAGUAUAGCUCAGUGGUUAAAUUUCGACAUUAACUUAUUAAGUGGAAACACGAGAAUUUUCCACUUUCCAUUUCCUGUACUUUCAAUUUAAUUCUAUCUUCUUUUUGCGUACUUUUAUCCAAUAUUCACUUCUUUUUAUUACAAAUAUAAAAGACAUGGCCAAACCUACAGGAGAAUUACUUACCAAACUUCGCUCAGUGAUGAAGAACAAAGCUUUUGUGCCGGACAUUUUACAAGCUUAUAUUAUUCCAAGUGAAGACGCGCACCAGGUAAUAAAUAUGGACUCCGUCACUCCGUAUCUUCUUGGCAAUUUAUAGAUUCUUGGAGUUUUCUUCAAAAAUUAUACAUUAUAACUCUGCAGUAUGUACAUUGUGACCCGCAGAAGCAGGGAGAGGUUAUAUGUUAAGCCUAGGGUAAAAAGAUGAGAAAUAAAAGGAAUUGAGAUAUGUGAACUACACUGCACUCCCUCAAAUUUUAAUAAUCUGGGCACAGAUGUGAUCCCGCAAUGGCAUCAUCUGCAGGCAUCUCUGUAGGGGUCACCUGUGGUUUAGAAAUCAUCUAGUUAACUUGAACGUAGGCUGGGUGGGUCACCCCUAGGAUAUCUUCUCUGAGACAAGGCUAUAUACGGUAUUGCUUCAAUAGCACUGUUUCAUUAUUUGUUCAGAGUGAGUAUAUUGCAUCAAGCGACUGUAGGAGAGAAUUUAUCUCUGGAUUUUCUGGUUCUGCAGGUAUGUCAUUCAAGUACGAAAAUCCAUUCCAAGUGAUACAGGAUGAUGUGCUGGCCAACAGACAUAAUUUAUUAUAGGAUUUAUUACAAAUGUCUAAAAAGUGUGUGUGUGUGGGGGGGGGGGGGUGCAUCCCCCUCAGUAGCUCCCCAUUACCAACCAAAAGUAGCCCCUAAGAUUGGUGCUCUUGAUGUCAUUACUAGCUGAUCUAAUGCUAAAAUAGAGCAAAUGACUUUGAACCUCACCUAACCAAUACUAACUUCCAAUCAAAGUUUCACUGAAAAUCUAACAUUUUUAAUAAUGCAUCUUUGAUUAUCUCUUUGAUGAGUAAAAUCUUCUGGCAUUAGACAGAGUAAAAUUAUUAUAAUAAAGUCAGGUGCAUUGCAGUUUGAUGGAUUUCUCAGUACUACCUAAACUGAUCCCCCACAUUCAAUUUGUUAUUUGUGUCUGGCAUGCACUAAUCUCACCAUAGGAACAGCAAUUGUUACCAAAACCAAAGCCGCAUUAUGGACAGAUGGCCGAUAUUUCUUGCAAGCACAGCAACAACUAGACAAUAAUUGGACUUUAAUGAAAGAGGGUUUGUAAAUUAUAUCAUUCAUUAUCUAUGUGUACAUCUCUCUGUAUAAUGUAAAAUCUUGUUGUCACAUAAGAACUGAUUUAAUGUCUUUAUUCAGGGCUAAGUGGAACACCUUCUCAGGAAGACUGGCUCAUCCAGGUAACAAACUCACUGAUAAUACAUUUCUCACAAUUCUGAAUCCCUGAACAAUCUAGGCAACAUUAUUAUAGAAACAUUGUCUCUCAGUUACCUAUGUUUCCUGUAGGUGGGCUAACCAGGAAACAAUGUAUGAAUUUCAUUUUACCUGUAGGAGUUACCUUCAGGCUGUCUUGUGGGCGCAGAUCCAUGGCUGGUGUCAUUUGGUUUGUUUUCCAUCUAAUUUAUAAACCUUAGUUUAUCUUACUUCAUUGGUACUUUUUCAAAGUUGUAUUUUUUCAUUUUAUAGAAAAAUGGGAAAAGAUGAGAAAGGUAAUUUUCAGACAUGUGAAAUCCACUCAGGAACAAUCUUCAUGGAAUGAUGACCCGAUUGAUAGUGGACUCGGACAUUCCGUAUGGGCCACUGAUCAUGUACAUCUGAAUGUCUGAUAAUCUGUUUGUCUACGAAUGCAGCAAACAGAUGGAUCAUGUAUCUAAUCAAGAAAAAUUAUCAGCCUUGUUCCUCUACCUGCCACUCAGACGAAGUUGUGUGCAUAAUUCGUCUUCACAAAUAAUACUUCAACAUGAGUAUACUGGAUUUUACAAUAUAUAUGAGCGUGCUUAUGAGGAUCCCUUAUUUGGGUGUCUCAUGAGCACGCUCAUUUAUAUACCAAAAUACGGUAAUAC